AUGUCCUACUAUUUUACCAUUCUGUCGCCGACCGACACCCCUCUAUUCAACAUCGCAUUCGGUACAUCCAAGGGAGGUGGCGAUGGCAUUGCCCGGUUCCGCUUCCCGGAGACCGCGCAGUACAUGAACCAGUUCAUAAUCCACUCGAGUCUGGACAUCUUGGAGGAAGCGCAAUGGACGAACGGUGCAAUGUAUCUCAAGCACAUCGACACAUACCCACCUGCCGCAGCCUACAUCUCCGCAUUCCUCACCCCAAGCGGCGCACGUUUUCUCCUCCUCCACCAACCCCCGCACCUCCCCUCUUCAACCAGCACAGGCAGCGGCCUCGGGUCUUCAUCAUUGCUAGGCUCAGCCGGAUCCACAACCCGUGCUUCGUCAAGCUCCGUCGCCGCAAACCCUACAUCCCCGCAGACCGAGGAGGCAGUGCGCCAAUUCAUGAACGAGGUGUAUGAGAACUACGUCAAGACGGCAAUGAGUCCAUUCUACAAACAGGGUAUGGAGAUCAAGAGCCCUGUUUUCCGAACGAGAGUUACGGCUGCCGGGAAAAAGUGGCUGUAA